UCACAGUUUUACAAAACUAGAGUCAUAUAAUUAUUUGUCUUAGCUGGUUUUCGAACGAUAAUGCACGCUAUAAGGAAAUGUUAUAUUUGGAAUAGCCGAUACCUUCUGUGGAAUUAAUAACGCUUUAAGCUUUAACUUAAGCAGAGAAUUGGAGGUAUACUUGCAGUCAUCGCAUACAUGUAGAUUGUAAUGUUUAAGUGUUUGGUAUAGUAUUUUGGAUACUUUUAUGUAACAACGAAUAAGGUAAUUAAAAAGUGGUAGCAAAAAUGUUACAUAUAGUGUGCUUAUGGGGAACUAAUUAAAUAGUGCGUAUCUGUUAAAUUUGUAAUAACAAGGAAAUGUGAUAGUGGAGAUAGUGGCAGACAUGGUUUCUUUCUGAGAGAAGCAGUGGAGAUGUAAAUUACAGAAGCAUGCUUGAGAACUACAAACUCGGCUGAGACACGCAUCCCUACCAUUACGCUGGAUAACAUAACAUCCCAGUGAAGUUCCUGGAACGACUCUAGCUCCUGAAGAGAUUACUACUGUUGACUCCAAGCAAAUACAUCGGAUCUAUGUAAAAUAAUAUCUCCGUAUUUUUUUAAUAUUUAAUCACAUUUAUGUGCUUGCAGUGUUAUUGGUAUUAAUAAAAUUUUGGCAAUGAACGAAUAGAAGGUAUUUGAAAUACAUAAAUUGAUGAAUAGAUAUCUAAUCUCGGGAAAGCAUGGCUGGAUGUAAUAAUGCUCAAAUCACCAUUUCUCAAGUUAAUGGUCACAGUUAAUUCCCUCCAAGAUAUUUUUUCCUCGUUUCGCUAAGACGAGAUAACUCGAACUCCAGAACAAUAUUGAUGGAAAUAGAAUAUAUGAGGAGAGCAUGUGAAUUGUUUUCCUUCCUCUCUGUUAUACAGAAACCACAAAACAGUUUCUACUGGAAAAAUGUGUAAAUAGAACACUCAUGGAAAGGUACUUGAUGUGAAUAAAUUCCGAGCUCUUUGGAGAUAUAUUUUUGGCACAGCCGUACUCCGACGGAUGGAAAUUCGUUGGAGGAUCUGAGGAAACCCUCAACGGAGUUGCUUUAAAGUGCCCAGAGCUAGACCGCCAACUGAUGACCGUCCUAUGAAGAUGCCCCCGGGGUUAUGUCGGCUGCUAGCAUGGACAGCGACGUUAUGGCUCCUCACAGACCACGUGUCCACGAACAGAGACUGUGACGUGACAUUUAGCAGCACGACAAUGAAAAUGGGCACAUUCUACUCUCCCAACUCCCCUCAGAUGUACCCCAACAACCAGCGAUGUGUGUACAAAUUUGUUGGCCUCUCAAGCGAACGGGUCAAGAUCAGAUUCCACAAGUUCAAUCUUCAAGGCAUGUCACCAGAAUGCAAGUUUGACUACAUGGACAUCUACAUGCAGCUGACUAGCGUGAGCGAGCCACUGUUGGAGGCUCCUAUGCUUGGCCGCUUCUGUGGUGAUGAUAUGCAAAAGGACCUACCCCAACUCAUCAUUUCCAUGAAUAAUAUCAUCAUUUUAAACUUCUUUUCUGACGCUGACAAAGGCGAUGAAGGCUUUGAAGGGACUUUUGAAUUCUUCGAUGCUAACAUUUAUAAUAUAGGGACCCCAGUGGCCCCGGGUGAGUGCAACUUCCGAUUGGAGAGCAAGGAGCGCACGAGGGGUUUCCUGCUGUCUCCUACUUACCCCGGAACGUAUCCGGACAACCUCGAGUGCUCGUAUGAGUUCCGCGGAAUGCCCGGUGAAAGGAUUAAACUCACAUUCAACGACUUUUCCUUAUUCCAUGGUUCUGAUUAUUGCCCAUUUGAUUAUCUUCUCAUCAUGGAUGGUCGUGCUGGCAGGAAUGCAGAAAGAAUAGGAGUGUUUUGUGGAAAAUACGAGAAUGUGACAGUGUUUUCUUCCAGGGAGAACUUGUACAUUAAAUUUGUGACUCGUAGUGGACGUGUUAGUUUUGAUGAAUAUUCUCUGGAUAAUAAUGCGGACUACAAAUUCGAUAGAAGAGGUUUUAACAUAUCAUAUGAAUUCAGUACAAACGUCAUACGUUUUGAUUUACGCGGGACGCCCGAAGCAACACACGUGCCUGGAUCAGAGUGUGAUGUACGCAUCCGGUCUACGGGCGGUUCAAGCGGCACAUUCCAAUCACCCGGCUACCCGUCUAAUUUCCCUAAGGACACCAUCUGCCGUUUCUCCCUGGACGGAGAGAUGAAUGCUGGCCGGCUGGAAAAGGUUAAGGUCAAGUUCAAGGACUUUGCUAUUUCCGGUGUUUUAGAAAGCUGUCUAGAAGGGCAUCUCGGCGUUACGUUCGAGGGUCAUCGGCAGCCAAACAAGAUAGACGAACGCUUUUGUGGUGAACUCUGGCCCCCGGAACUGAUAAGCAAGGAUCCGCGCCUCAUACUCCAUUUUAACACCACUGGCGCAUCAAAGGCCCGAUUUCUAGCCGAGUAUCAGUUCCUCUCAGCCCAACAUCCAAAUAACAACGAUUUUGCUAACACAGACUUCGCCAUUGCUGGGCUUCCAAUACCGGGCCAGAAGUGCAGUUUUCUGUUCUCGAGCGAGCACCUGCCUAAUGGCGUUUUCAAUUCCCCUCGUCACCCAGACAACUACCCGCCCAACUUCGAGUGCGUGUACAUCUUCCAGCUGGCGCCUGGAGAGAAAUUGCUCAUCUCAUUCGAUAUGUUCUCCCUCAGUCCACAAAAUGCAUCAUCGAACUCACACAGCGACCCUCAUCCCCCAAAGUGCCUGAAUACGACCGACUACCUGCAGCUGAAUGAAAGGAGCGAGCAUGCAUUGCUCGAUAAUAAGUACGUGUACGUGUCCCGUUUCUGUGGCUCGAAGUUUCCAGCACCGCUUCUUUUCGACCGGGAGGUUGAGUUCCGAUUCCGGUCCAUGCGUGACAGCAGCAACAGAGGCUUCAAAGCACGAUUCGAGUUUAUCUCGAGGAAUGAUAUACAAAGAAGUUGUGUGCACACGAUCCACAGUGACGGUAAGGGUGGAGUUCUGAAAAGCCCCCGAUUUCCUUUGAAGUACGAGAGCCGGACGUACUGCGAAUGGAAGAUCAUCGCUAGCAAGCCACAGAAUAAGAUCCUCAUACAGUUAGAGACCUUUAAAACCGAAGGAGAUGUGAACAAAGAUGGCUGUAAAGACGCGGUGUUGCGAGUCCAGAAAGGAGACGAAAUGAGGGAGAUAUGUGGAACAAUCGAGGCGGAUGACCUACCCAGGGAAGCUGUAGUCUCAUCGGACGACAUUGAAACCAUACAGUUUUUGACGUCGAGCAGUGCUCUAGGUUUUAAAGGCUUCCAACUGACGUGGACUGAAAUACAUAUCUCAAGUGGACCAUGCUAUGGUUUUAAAUGCAAGCAGACCGGCUACUGUAUAUCAGCUGAGCUGAAAUGUGACCAUCUUCCUAAUUGUGGGCCAGGGGACAGCUCGGAUGAAAUCUGUCCAAACAAGGCUAGCAGCCAGGGUCAGAAGGCGGACAGCGUGCAAGUGGUUCACAUCGUAAUCGGCACAUCCAUAUCUGUGUUUCUCGCGGUCCUCUUGCUUGUAUGUGGCGUCUACCACCGGAAGAGGUUCCGACCACGUGAUCGCCAGUCGUCGGAGGCGGAACAAGUAGAGGUCCGCUACGUUGCCGCCACUUCCGGAAGCAACACGACCGAUCGGCUUCUCACAUUAGAUAAAUCGGACGCGAGCCGGUCGUCCGCACAAACACCCGAAAAGACUGAAAUUGACGCUGACCAUGGCGUUAAAGUGACUGUGAAUAACACACCAGCCAGUGAGAACUCUUCUGGCCAUAUAGGGUCACAGGAUUAUUCGAAUCACCAAAAUGCUGCGCCCGCAGUUGCUAUUUUGCCGACAGCAAAGGAGAAUCAUCACCAUGAUGUUCCAGACGCUAGUCAGCCCUCGACCAGCACGCACAUGUAUCACACACAUCCACGGGUUGUUGUGACCCCAAAGGUGCAAAAAAUAUCCAUUGUAUGAUGCUAGCUUAUGUUAGGUUCUUAUAUGAAUUGUUAUACUGUAUAUAGUUUAAGUUUGAAUAUUGCGUGCGAUUGUUCAAUACUGAACAAUUAGAUGAUGCUUGCAUAUGUAAUUUAUAUUGCUUUGAAGGAAUCAGUUAUUGUAUUGUGCUAGCUUAUCUAGGUUAUUAUAUGAAUACUUAUACUGUGCAGAACGUCUUUAUUUUAAUUGUUGCCACCUUAUUGUUGGUUAUCAUAUGAUUUUUAUAAUGUAAAGAAUGCACUAUUUCAAUUGAAACUAGCUGAUGUUAGGUUCUUAAAUGAAUUCAUUUUCUGUGCAAAAUGUCUCUAUUUGAAUUGAUGGUAUCUAAGGUCAGGUCAUUUCAUGAAUUAUGAUCUUGGGCAAACUCAUUCAAUUAGUGUCUGAUGCUAUACCUUGCUUGCUUAGGCUAGUAGAACAGUUAUUUAGCUUCAUUGCCAAAAUGACCUAUCGGCAUUAUCUUAAUGCCAAUGAGACUUUAUCUAAACGGUGAAUAUAUUAUAUAUUUAUUUAUUUGACAUGAAACUGUUGAUUUCAUUGUUAGUGUCAUAGCCUUUGGAUUAUUGCAGAAGGCCAUGUUAUAAAGAUUGUAAUCAUUUUAUUUGCAAAUGUUAAACUGUAUUUCAAAAGCUCUUCGUUAGACUAUGUUUAUUUGAAUGAACACGUUGAUCCUGAUUCUAUUUAUUACAUUCGGGAUAAGUAUUUAACUGAAAUUCCUCAUCGUACGCUCGUUGACAUGGUGAAAAGAGGAACAUAAUUAUGAUAUUUUGCUUAUAUUUGUUUUAAGUGAGUUUUAAAUUAGCAGUUUAGCUCAAGACAAAGUCGACAACAUAUCAACUAAGCUAUUGAAUGAAAUUGUUUAAGAAAACGAUAUACCAUAAGUUGUAAUAAAAUCUAUGUUUAAAAAAAGAAACAGUUUGAUUGGUCACUGAAAUUAUGUCAUCAAGUCAGUAAAAUGUUGACCUAAUAAUUUACGGAAAUUCUCGAUCUUACGAUUUUUUAAUUGAUUUCUCUGAACUAUUAUAUCAAAAUCAAAAAUAUUUUCAAUUGUGUAGCAAACAUGAUCUCCCAUAUUGAAUCAUGUUAUAGACUCAUGAUAUGUGUGAGCGAAGGCUGAGUUAAGCGGAGUUGUAUUACAGGUUAAGCAAUAGGCUUUGUACAUUAUAUGUAUAUGUUGACAUCCUUGCAACGUGUUGUUGAUUUAUCGUAGUUUCAUUUAUUUGUUUGUAUACAUAUUUACACAUGUCUUGCACACGUCUCGCAGAUUAUAGAGAAAACAAGACUUGUUGAUUUGUUUUGUGAUUCAUGUAUACGUUCUCAUUCAUUCGUAAAUCAUAACAAAGAUGGGUAAAACAGCAGUUUUAGUUCCUAUCGUUUUCUUGUAAUUGGCCAUUCAAUUAUUGAUUAUUAAUCACUAUUGUAACUAGGCUAAAUAAUUAAUUGAUUCCAUGUAGAUAAGAAAUUAACCUAAUAAUGACUGUAAACAGAUGGUUUAGUUUUCAACCUAAAAUUCUACCGUUAAUUGCUGCGCGGCGUUCAACGCUUAACAUUUACAAUUUCUGUCAAUGAACGCUUUCAAUCAAAACCAGACUUCACUGGCCGUAUUCAAAUGUUAUCCUUGACCUUAUUCACACGUCAGUGAUUCCAUUCAGCCUGUUGGCCAGUUAUAUUUACCGUCGAGUUAAAUCAAUAAGAUUCUAAUUUUUAAGCAGGUCAUUUGUUAAUCUGUGGAAUCACUCAAGAUGUAUUGUUUGAACUGGUCAGUGGGAAAUGAUUCCAUACCGAAGCCUCUGUUUUAUCCAGGUUCUGUGCCUUUACGUUACCUAACUACAUGUAUGUACAUAGAAAAAAAAAUGUGUAUGUGACGUUCAUACGUACAAGGAUGGUUUAUUCAUUUUAUUUCACAUUUUACAAUCACAAAUUAACAAAACAAAUCACAUGUUGUAUUUCUAUUUGUUCAAUCUAAUGAAUCAUUUGAGUUCCCGUAAUGAGAUUGUAUGUGAUUUUUAUGAGAUUGCGUUUAAGAUUUGGACAAUAUUUAUAGAUGUGUGGUCAAGCGACCGCAAGAAUCUUCUGUAUAUGUAUGAUAUUUGUUUUGAAGUUUACACACGUAUAGAUGCCUAAAGCGACUGUUCAUUGGCUUACUGAGUCAUUACCAUUGAGGUAUGGAUUUUGUUAUUGGAAAUGACUUAUUUUUGAAAGAUUAUUGCAUUUGUCUCUGUAAUGAGGAAGUCAGAUCGAAAUUAUUUUAUAUUAAAUGAUAAUUUCAUACGGUUUCUUUUGCGAGAUGAAAAAAAGGCAUAUGUUUUGCAAAAAAAGAGUUCUCAAACAGGCAUUUAGAAAACCUUGUUUCUUCAAUGUAUUUAUAUCAAAAGCACACUAAUUCUUCGUCAUACUGUUAGUAAAGAUGAGCAUCGCGUACCUUGUAAAUACCUUAUACAUACAUUUAAAUUACAAAAUUAACAAUACAGAAGUCUUACCUUCUUCACUGUAUGCAUUUGUUGGAAAUCAUUGUGUUAACCUAGUUGUAUGCAAACAAAAUUGAAUACAUUAGUCAAUAAGUGUGAUUAUUUUCGUCGGGGCCAUGCUAGUGUGCCUGUGUAAGUGUUGAAGGAUUCGUUCUUACAUCAUGUUCAUUAUUUGUAUUAUAAUAUAACUGUGUGAGAUCAUAGGAUUAUAUUAGGAAAUACAUAUUUAUAAAUUUGAUGUACAAUGAUUGAAUUUAUAGAGUUGUUGUCAUUAUUGUAGAUUUUUACAAAAAUAAAUAAUUAUGAAGACAUC